CAGGCACAACACAACCUCUUUGGCUCUUUGCUGUAGAUGCACUACUAUACAGGCAGUUGUCAGGCCAGCCAUUAGUAGUGAGUCAGCAGCUAUCCACACCAUUCCCGCGCCAGGAAAUUUUUCCAUUUGUAGUGUGAAAGAAAAAGAGGGAAAAGUUGAAAUUUCAAAAUCCAAUUCACCAAACAAAUUCCCUUCAAAAACCAUCUUCACCUCCCACUCUCCCACCACACACAUAAAGGCGAUCCCCACCGUCAAAAUCAUCGUCUGCUCCGUCGCUUAUCGUAAACCACCAUGGCGCAUGUCAGCGAGCUCCCAUGCGACGGGGACGGGAUUUGCAUGGCGUGCAAGAAGAGGCCCUCCCCCGAGGAGACCCUCACGUGCAAUACAUGUGCCACUCCCUGGCACGUCAACUGCAUCUCCUCCCGCCCCGAAACCCUAGCCGAUGCCCUCCAAUGGGAAUGCCCAGACUGUUCACAGGUUUCCGAUCUUCUUCCUCCGCCUAGGGACGGCGACCCGGUCGUCGCCGGAGGAUCGGGGGGUUCCGGAGACCUGAUCGCUGCGAUCCGGGCGAUCGAGUCGGACCGGUCGUUGACCGAUCGGGAGAAGGCAAAGAGACGGCAAGAGCUGAUGUGUAGAGGCGCGGGACCGUCCGAUGGAGACGACGACGCGAAUUGCAAGAAGGGGAAGGAGACGAUCGACGGCAAUAAUGACGUUCUUGGUAUUAUCGAUAGCAGUUUUAACUGUUCGUUUUGCAUGCAGUUACCGGAGAGACCUGUCACGACUCCUUGCGGUCACAACUUUUGUUUAAAGUGCUUCCAGAAAUGGAUUGGGCAGGGCAAGCGCACUUGUGCAAAUUGCCGCAAUCCCAUUCCAGCCAAGAUGGCCAGCCAACCUCGGAUCAACUCUGCACUUGUCAUUGCCAUCAGAAUGGCAAAGAUGACGAAAUCUAAUGCUGCAGGAGGCCCAGCAAGGGUUUAUCAUUUUGUCCGUAAUCAAGACCGUCCAGAUAAAGCAUUUACCAGUGAACGAGCAAAGAAAGCUGGAAAGGCUAAUGCAAGCAGUGGAAAGAUUUUUGUCACAGUUCCCCCUGAUCAUCUGGGGCCAAUCCUUGCAGAAAAUGAUCCAGAGAGAAAUCAGGGUGUGCUGGUGGGGGAGAGUUGGGAAGGUAGGCUGGAAUGUAGGCAAUGGGGUAUCCAUCUUCCUCCUGUUUCAGGGAUUGCUGGGCAGUCGAGUUAUGGUGCCCAAUCAGUGGUCCUCUCUGGAGGCUAUGAAGACGAUGAGGAUCAUGGCGAGUGGUUCCUUUACACAGGGAGUGGUGGAAGAGACCUCAGUGGCAAUAAACGCACAAACAAGGAACAUUCUUUUGACCAGAAGUUUGAAAAGGUGAAUGAGGCAUUACGAGUAAGUUGCCGGAAGGGUUAUCCUGUUCGGGUGGUCAGGUCUAACAAGGAGAAGCGCUCUUCUUAUGCCCCAGAAAUAGGGUUACGAUAUGAUGGGAUUUACAGAAUUGAGAAAUGCUGGCGGAAAAAUGGGAUCCAAGGAUAUAAGGUAUGCAGAUAUCUUUUUGUUAGAUGCGACAAUGAUCCUGCCCCAUGGACAAGCGAUGAUCAUGGGGACCGUCCAAGACCAUUGCCUGUCAUUAAGGAGUUAAAGGAUGCAAUUGACAUGACUGAACGGAAGGGAUCUCCAUCCUGGGACUAUGAUGAUGAAAAAAGUUGCUGGACGUGGAAGAAAUGUCCACCACCUAGCAGAAAGCAGGUUGAUGAUGGAGAUUCAGAGGAUGGGAAGAGAACAAGGAAACCGAAACGGCAAGCGAAAAAUAUGUCCGUAAAAAAGAAACUUCUAAAAGAGUUUAGCUGCCAUAUCUGUCGGAAGGUGAUGUCUUUCCCACUUACUACUCCUUGUGCUCAUAACUUUUGCAAAGCUUGUCUAGAGGGUGCCUUUGCUGGUCAAUGUUUCAUGAGGCAGAGGACAUGUGAAGGCAGACGGACAUUACGAGCACAGAAGAGCAUCAUGAAAUGUCCUGUGUGUUCAAUUGACAUAGCUGACUUUCUUCAGAAUCCCCAGGUUAACAGAGAGCUCAUGGAGUUGAUAGAAUCACUACAAGGAAGAAUUGUAGAGGAGGAAAAUGUUGAGGAGUUGAGCGAAGAAACAGAUGGCAGCCAUGAGAAGCUGGAUGAAAUUGCUGAUAACAUAGAAACUUGCGAUGUGCAUUGUGAGAUUCUGGAGGAAGCCAAAGACACAGCUCAGAUUGAAAGUGAAAUCUGGCAAGCAGACAAGCUGAAAAAAGCAAGCGGUGGCAAAUGUACAUUAAAGCGCGGUGGAAAGAAGGGAAGGACAUCCCCUAAGCAGCCUGAUGCUGCUAAUGUCGAGAAUGGUGUUGAUCCUCUUGAACCUGAAAAGGCUGACAGUAAAGAACCAGAAGAUCCUGCAAUAGAGAGCAAAGUCCAACAAACUUGCAAACGGAAACAGUACAACCAUGGAGAUGGAGGCAACUCGUCAACAUUGGAUCUUGAAGUGAAGACCAGAAGCAAGAGGGCUAAAAUGCAAGUGGUGGAAUGAACUGAUUGACUGUCCAUUCUGCUUCAUGUUCGAAUGACAAUCAUUGUUUGAUAUCAUGCCUUUUUUUUAUUUAGUUAUGGUACCUUGCCCAAAGUACCUUUCUUCUCUCUCAAAUUUGGUUGGUUGGGGAAAGAUGAGCUGUCAAAAUCUCUUUUGCCAGGUUGCAGAGCUGGUGUCAUUGUACAUUUUUGCAAUUUAAGAACGACGAUGGGGCAAUGGAUACUCCAUGUAUCAUAGUUCCUUGAAAUCAAUCAAACUCCAUUGCUCUUUUGAAAAGGAAAUGAUUGCAGUUCAA